AUGACCUGGGCCGUGCUCGAAUCUUCACCGCGCCAUGGAGUGCCGCCGGGUACCGGCCAGCUCGAGACGGUGCAGGCCGACGCUGCCGAAGCAACUGUGGUUCUGCUGCCCGCGCCAACUCUAUCGUCCUCGGAUCCCCUCAACAUGCCGCCGUUGCGCAAGAACCUAUUCUUCUUGACUCUCGUGUACGGUGCCUGUGUCACUGGUGUCAUCGGCCCGCUCCUCGUUCCGGCAUUCAGUAUCGCCGCCGCUGACCUCGGCGUCGGCUUGCCGGAGAUGGCACUGUCCAACGGCGUGCUCAUCAUGGGUCUUGGCGCGUCAUCCUACAUCUGCGGGCCUGCCGCUGAACUUUGGGGUCGCCGUCUCGCGUUCCUUGUCGGACCCCUCAUCAUGCUCGCUGGUUGCAUCUGGGCCGGCUUCGCAUCGACUUACAGCUCCUACGUGGGCGCGCGUGCCGUGCAAGGCCUUGGCAUGGGGCCCUUCUUCUGUCUCGCCGGCACUGUUUCCAUAAACGACGUCUUUUUUGUCCACCAACGUGGCCGGCGCGUUGGUUGGUGGAACUUCGCCGUUCUGGUCUCCAUCAACAUCACGCCCGUCAUCAGCGGCUACCUCAUCACUGCCCUGAGCUGGCAGUGGAGCUUCUGGAUCCUCGCCAUGACCAUUGGUCUCGCUGUAGUUCUCACCUUCUUUCUCCUCCCCGAGACUCUAUUUGACCCCGAAAGCCCCGCCCUGGAGGCCUGCAGGACUGAACCACACGCCGCGUCGGCGCAGUACGAAUCAGGAACCAGCCGCCUCCGGCAGUUCCUCGGCCUGCAAGAAGUCUGCUUCCAAAACCCCCUACUGCUGUUUCCAGGUCUCAUCCGGCCACUAGGGCUGCUGCUGAGCCCAGCUGUCUUAUGGGCGUGCGCCAUGUGGUCCGUCACUUUCAGCUGGGUCAUCAUCCAAGGUGCUGUGGCAGACCAGAUCUUCCGCGCGCCUCCAUACAGCCUGUCGGCUGGCGAGACAGGCCUACUCAUUGGCAUUCCGCCAUUGAUUGGCUCCGCGCUUGGAACCCUUACUGGCGGCUGGAUGUCUGAUGCGGCCGCGCGGUUCAUGGCGGCCCGCAACGGUGGUACUUAUGAGCCUGAAUAUCGGCUGGUCGUCAUGCUACCCACAAUCUUCACUAUGGCUGUCGGCACGUUUGGGCUUGGCGCCGCGAUCCAGCAGGGCGCGUCGAUUUGGGCAUCUGCUGUCUUUCUCGGCAUCACUAACUUCGCUGUCGGGUGUGGUUGCACCGGCAUCAUCACUUACACAAACGAUACCUGCCAAGCCCGAGCUGGUGAAGCCUUCGGACUUGCUAUGCUUAUCAAGAGCGCCUUCGCCUUUGGUCUGUCCUUCAUGCUCAACGAUUACUUGGCUCGCAGGGGUGCUCUGGUAUUCUUUGGGACCUUCGGUGCGCUCACCAUCGCUGUGACUCUUCUCACAGUGCCUCUCUACGUUCUCGGCAAGCAACUGCGUGCCAAAUCCCUUGUGUCUUUGUCGUGA